UCACAGAGCAAAUUUGUGUAUUUAUUUUAAUAUUACACGAACAACAUUUGAUUUUUUAACGUAACUGAAUAGUAUUAACAUUUGUGCAAAUAUUGAAUUAUAUAAUGGCAUCUCCUUCUCCUAAAUCUCCAGAACAAAGUGAGAAGACUAAGCAGUAUGACCGGCAACUUCGAUUGUGGGGAGAUCACGGACAGGCGGCCCUAGAAAAGGCUCAUAUUUGUUUAAUAAAUGCGACAGCACUGGGCACAGAAAUAUUAAAAUCUAUCGUCCUUCCCGGUAUUGGAGCAAUCACUAUUGUGGACCACAAUAUUGUAAGUGAUGAAGACAUUGGAAGCAAUUUCUUUUUAGAAUGUACUAGUAAAGGACAGAACAGAGGAACUGAAAGUUUACGCCUUAUUUUAGAAUUAAAUCCUGCUGUGCAAGGUCAUGCUGUACAGGAACAUCCAGAGCAAAUAUUGCAGGAAAAUCCCGAUUUCUUUAAAUCAUUUACAGUGGUUAUAGGGACAGCACUCGAAGAAAAAACGAUUAGACUUUUGGCUCAACAUUUGUGGGACAUUAAUGUCCCUUUUGUUCUUUGUAAAUCAGUUGGUUUUCUUGGAUCUUUUAGGAUUCAAAUAAAAGAACAUGCAAUCAUAGAAACACACCCGGAAAAUGAACAAACUGAUUUGCGGCUAGAUGUUCCAUUUCCAGCUUUAUCAGAAUAUUUAGACAGUGUUGACAUAGAAGCUGUUGAUUUAAAAGAUCAUGGUCACAUCCCGUGGAUUGUAAUUUUAAAUCAUGCUGUACAAAAGUGGCAAUUAACCAAUGAUAGAUGGCCCAUGAGCAGAAAGGAGAAAAAUGAAAUCAAAAGUAUUAUUGAUGAGUUUAUAAGGAAGGAUGAGAAUGGUAUACCAAUUAAUGAAGAAAAUUUUGAGGAAGCAAAAAGAGCUGUGAAUACUUCUUUAGUCCCCACUUUCUUGCCUGUUAAAAUUCAAGAUCUGAUUUACAGUAGUUCAGCAAUAAAUUUAAAGAAAGACAGUUCUCCAUUUUGGAUAAUGUGUUCAGCGUUGAAGGAGUUUAUAGAAGCAGAGGGAAAAGGGAAGCUACCUCUAAAAGGAGUUUUACCCGACAUGACGGCAUCUACUGAGUCCUACGUGAAACUACAAAAUAUAUAUCGCAACCAAGCUGCUAUGGAGGCUGAAAUAGUCUACCGUAAAGUUCAGGAAAUUGUCUCACAACUACAUUGUGAGAAUAUAAGUGAAGCCGAUGUAAAACUUUUCUGUAGACAUGCUCAUGAUCUCCAUAUUAUAAAGGGUAGUAAUAUAGCUGCUGAAUAUCAGCUCGACAACAAUGUGAUAUCAUACAUAGCUAAACAUCUGGAGGAACCAGAUGUAAUGAUGGUUCAUUAUAUCUUAUUACGGGCGGCAGAAAUGUUUCGUUCCGAACAUUGUCGGUCUCCAGGAGAGUGGGAAUCAGAGGGAGAUAUAGCUAAACUUAAAACAUGUGUGUCAAAAUUACUUAGUGAUAUUGCCUGCUCUCCCUUCUCGAAAGACGACCAUAUACAUGAAAUGUGUAGAUAUGGUGGUGCAGAGAUUCAUAGUGUUUCAGCAUUUGUUGGUGCGUGUGUUGCUCAUGAAGUAAUAAAAAUAGCAACAAAACAGUAUAAGCCUGUGAACAACACUUUUAUAUUUGAUGGAGCCUCUACAAAUUCUGCUGCAUUCACAUUUUAGUUUUAAGAUAAUAAAAUGAAUGUAAUGA